UUGUGCUGCGGUGGGAGAAACUCCCAGGCCAGAGCCCAGUGUAAUGGACACCAAGGGAGAGUAGGCUUCAUGCUCUCUACCGCCAGGGAGGGGGGGGGGGGGGGGGGAACGGAGAGAUGGGCGGCCUUUCCAGAUUGGAAUGUUGCAUUUCCUGCUUGGUUCCUGCCAUGUUUCUCAGUUUUCCAUUGUUCCCCCAAUCGCUCUCUCCUUUCUCUCUCUCUCUCGCUCUCUUGCUCUGCACCAAAUAUCCUCUUUCACUCCCCUCAUGCCUUUCUUGUGACCUUCCCUACAUAUUUCUCUCCUCUCUGCUCUAGCCCUCUCUUCUCCAUCUCCCUUCUACCUCCCUCCCUGUUCCUCUCUCUGCCCUCCUCUCUCUCCCAUAACAAUAUUGUCAGUGUUAUCUUGUCCUACAUUAAGUUGAGAGAAAAGCUGAACGUGGACGAGCUCUCUGGAGUUCAUUAAACCACUGGAAGCCUUCCACUAAUGUUCCGCUCUUACAUAAACACUGCCGAGAAAGAUGACCGUUUGUGCAUGCGUGCGUGUUUGUGCGCGUGUGUGUGAGUGAAGGGGGCCAGUAUGCUUUAGCUACAGGGUUCUUUGGGGUCAGUUGCCUGCUCUCUCUCCCCCAGUGUGUUUGUGUGUCAGAAGGGGGUUGCCAUAUUGGGAUCAAAAACCCACACAUUCCCUGGAAUGUUCCCUGGGGCUAAGUGUGCAACACAUACAAUGUUUGUUACUGUACAGUUGACAGAAGGCAGAUCCAGGACAAAGACAGUCAUCUCCUUCAGUCCCAUCUCUCUACGUAGGCAGAGCAAACUGAGUGGAACUGAACCAGAUGGGAACUAGGACACUGUUAUCUGCCCUCUACAGCUGCAUGUGUAUAUGGAGCCCUGUGUGAGUCCCCUCUGAGAAAACAUGACUGGGACUCUUUUGAGACACAGGGAAGUGACGGUUGAGUGUUUGCUUACCAUCCUAGUUUCCCAGCCCAUAGCCCUGGGCAGACCAGGGUUCAAAUACUAUUUGAAUUAUUUGUAAAUACUUUGGCUGGUUGAUUGAGCUUGCCUGUUGCAGUGAAACCAAUGGAAAAGUCCUGAAGGUGCAAACCCACUAUUGCAUGGCAGUCCAGGCAGGCUAAAGCAAACGCCAGAAGUAUUUGAAAUAUUUCAAGUAGUAUUUGAACCCAGGUCUGCCCCUGGCUCUAUUCCUGGUCUGAAUAGAGAGUAAAUCAUCUUCAUCUUACCUACUGCUCCUAUUUAUGAUUCCCCUGGGGAAAACGUAGUGUGUUUGUUUGUACUUAGUGGUGGGUGAUGGGUUCUCAGGACCCCAUAUGUAACUGUUGUUUCUCACCCUCAGGAAAAACUGUGUGGUGUCGUGUGGACCAUGGUGUGUUCCUGUGUCCCUGAGGGAAAAGUGUCUGAACCUGCAGUGUCUCACACUGAUAAGGUCAAACGUCAACUUUAGGUCUGUGACUUUGUCUUCUUUCUCUCCCGACCUCAUGAUACCACUCUAUAGUUCUGUUGUGCGUCUCCUUCAGUAUCCCACUGUGUUUAUCCUGCCUAGUCUCCCUCCAGGGAAAAGUCUGAGACCUGCGUGCCUCACACUGAUCAUCCCAAUAGUUCUCUCGUCUUCCUCCUACCUCAUCGAACUAUAUUCUCUCUCUUGUCUCUCCCUCCUCCAUCAUCCCACUCUAUAGUUCUCUCUCUUCUCUCCCUCCCUCCAUCUAACCCACUCGAUAGGUCUCAUCGCUUGGCUCUCCCUCCCUCCAUCUAUCCCACUCUAUAGUUCUCUCUCUUUCUCUCCCUCCCUCCAUUUAUCCCACUCUAUAGUUCUCUCUCUUUCUCUCCCUCCCUCCAUCUAUCCCACUCUAUAGUUCUCUCUCUUUGUCCUUCCUGUCUUGUUUCACGUUUUAUUAGUCAUAUGUACAGGAUACACAUGGUAUACACCGUCCAAUGAAAUGAUUACUUUCCCGUGGCAACCCUCCUCUUUCCUUUUCCAUUCUCUCUCCCUUCCCCCUCUCUCCCUCUGCUGCUCAUCCCACUCUGCAUUCCUGGUGUAUUAGCAGAAUAAACAGGCCAUGUGCGGGGCGCUGGGAAACUUGCACAUUGAAGGCAAAUAUUUACAUAAGACAGUGCAACCCCAGGCUCCAUUCAAAAUAUGAAAGGGCAUUUCAUAAUAUAUAUAGCUAGCUACUACUGUAUAUCAGUGUAUCUCAAAGCUCCCAGUUAAUCACGGGUUGAAGCUAGGAGCAGAGGUUGAAACAGUGUCUCUCUACACAGGUCUGGGAUCAGGCUAAAGGCUGAAGGCCUCACUCACUCAGAUGAGAUAUGUUUCUGGUCAUAAGCCUGUAGGUCUUAGAACGGCUACCUGUGAUUGAUGCCAUUUUAAUUAAAUGGAGCUCUGAGAGAGGGAGGGAGGGAAAUAUAUUAUCUUUCUAUCUCCCUUUAACUCUCUCUCUCGCUUUCUCACUCACUCACUCUUUUUCUGUCUCUGCCUCUCUCUCUCCCGCUCUCUCCUUCUCUUCCCUCUCCCUUUAGGGUUUUUGUAGAGAGACUGACUAACUCUUGCACAGCUUUUCCAGCCAUUCUAUCUGUGUAGGCCUGUCUGUCCCUGUCUGACUCACUGAUCUGGGGCCAGCGGGAGCCUGCACCUGUGCCCGUCCACUCCCACUCCCACCAGCCUCCAUCUGAUUCCAGACCUGCCUGCCAGGGUUGACUUUGGCUCCCCCAGCCUGGCUGCUGAUGAAAGACAAGGAGAGAAGUUAACAAGAUUUUAGACAGACUCCUGCACACACCACACACACAGCACAGGUGGUCAGGAGCCUCACCAGGGAUCAAAGGACAUGAAUCAGCUUAAUUUGCACAUAUCUUCUCCCUUUCUCCUGUGAUGUUGAGUUCAAUGAGUCCAUGUUAUUUAGCCGACCUGAGUCACCCUUAGUUUGUUUUGGUCCCACACCCAUUAUCACCUGUUAGUGAUUGUUCCUCAAUGGGUUUCAUAAUAUGACUAUGUUUUGGUGUCACAUCUGAAUCACCUGCCUUUAACUAGGCUACUCAACUCUCUUACCUGUCUGUGAGAGUCCCUCUCUCCUGACUCUCUCUUUCUCUUCCUUAAUCCUUCGAUUUUACCUGUCUGCUACGCUCCCUCUCAUCUCUCAUAUCUCUUACCUCUGUCUCACCCAUCUCUGCCUCUAUCUCUCUCUCUCCUGACUCAUCUGUUUGUCUGUCCCUCCAUUGGUACGACAGGUGAGGGCUGGCCCUCUCUAAAGAGGAGGUGUGUGUGUGGUGAAGCAGCAGGUGGCUGGCGGGGUAAUGGUAUAAUGGUAAACGGUGUAAAGGAACGGUUACACCAGCACGCAGGUAUGAGGGCGUGACGAGAUCCUGGAGGUCCUCCAGAUUCACCUGUCCUCCUAGUCCAAGCCCCACCUGCUGGAACGAGGGAGGCAGGGAGAGAAGAGGGAGAUGUGUGCCGUGCCGUGGUAGCUCUUUGCACUUUGAAGUGAGAGCAUUGUGUGAUUGUGCAUUACUGAGCUGCUUCGUGGGAAAGAUUGAAUUGGAUUGAAUACAGUAAGCUGGAUCUCUUGGCGUUGUUUUGGUUCUGUGGAAUAUCUCACAAUAUUCCAUUGUAGCCUACUGCUCACUUGGUAUGUGAUUCUUUUUAAUACUUUGUGUGAAUUUGCAGUUGAGGUACAUCAUGUCAGUGGUAUUUCAAACAAGGUGGAUGGAUGUGAGCCAUGAACUUGAAUGAUAUUUCUCAAAUCGUGACAGUGGAAUUUCAAACAGUGUGCGUGUUGAGGUGAAUGUCAUGGCUGUGCUCUGUAUGUGCUGCUGAGACCCAGGCCAGACCCAGACCAGACCCAGGCUAGCUCAGGUAUGUGUAAAGGUACGCCAAGCUCCUGACUCUCUGUAGGUGUUGUUUUCAGUCACGACUGACUCAAACCAUGGCCAGACCAACACUUAAACUGUCAGCAAGGUGUGUGUGGCUGACAUGACACACCUGCACAGAGGUCAGAGCCACUGGAAACACUUACAGGGAGACCUAUCUGAGGAACGACCGGAAUGCCAGAUUCCCUGAGUCCACUGCGGCCAGCUCUGGCUACGGAAUAAACUGUUUAUCUGAAACCGUCAAGGAACUUACAGUUUGAGCGUCAGCAAACGGUGGGAGAGGGGGUUGAAGGGACCAUCUGGAAGUCAUUUUUCAGAGGGGAGGGUGAUUAGUCCUUGUUGUGAUACUGAUAGUCUUUCUCAUCAUACUGUCCUAUCGUGUGUGUGUGUGUACUCUUUGUUUUUACGUGUAUGUACGUGUCUUGGGUGUGUGUGUGUUUUGAGAAACCAAAUCUGGCUUUAUCAGCACUGAUUGCUCUCACUGUGUUAGAGGAAGGGCAGUUCGUGUACGUGUACAUGUGUGUGCAUGUGUGCGGUAUGGCUGCUGGGUCAGUAGGUUCCAUUUCUGUUGAGAGUUUGACUAUCUCUCUGGGAUUUCACCCACUUCCAAAUGCCUGUUGACAAAGAGCCUAGGGAAGAACAUUUAAGCGGACAUUCUCUUUCAAAGUAGUUUUUCCGAACACUUGAACUCUUGUUUUUUCUGUAACUGUCUCUCACCAAUGUUCAGUAACCUCCCGCGAAAGAUUGUGUUCAGAAAAUCACCUCUGGUUCACACAGAGAUGGGAGUUGUCUUGUUUUGUCAAGAGAAAGCUCAGAUCCCCUUUCUCUCUGUUCUGACCGAACCCUGAACAUCCUCAUAUCCUGUGUUUAAUUCCAGCCAAAGGCCCCACACACACACACGCGCACAGUUACUUCCCAAACCCCUGCACAGCCAGUCACACAGCUGUAGGGGGCAAGGAUCACUCUGGCUCUCGCUAUCUGCUCACGGCCGAACCAGAGAGAGAGGAAACGACUUCACUGAAAGUGCCCCCCAUUUCACAUUCCCAAAACCAUCGCCCCUCCUCCUCCCCUGAGCGGCCCCUGCAGCCAUGCGUGUGGGACCCCACCCCCAUUGUUGAGGCUGUAUUGGUUGAGAGUGGCUCUUCCUGUUGCAGAGUGGCUGGGGCUAAGCGACGUGGACCAGCGCCUCUACGUGUUGGAGCGCCUGGAGGAACUGGUGACGCUACAGGACCAGCAGGAGACCCCCACCGGACCCCCCGGAGACCCCCAUCUCGGUACCUGUCCUCCCCAGCAUCAGCAGCACCAUGAGCAACAGAGCCCAGUGAGAGCAGUGCCGGAGGAGCGCAGUGAGAGCAGCCACACAGGUAGGUGACCAGGGGGAGGGAGUAGAAUAAGUCUAGGGGGGGUAUAGAAGAUGGCAGGGGUUAUGAAAUCACAGAGAGGGGGGAGGUGGGGGUAGAGGAAUAGUUAACGAGCAGAUUUUAAACGAGCCAGUACAGUAAGACUGAGUUUUGAUUUCAAGCAACCUAACACAAUUCUGCUGGCAUAGUAGUAGUUUUACCCUUUCAUGAAUUUGAUUGAGUAGAAGUAAACGAUUCUGAAUGUUAUUUCAUAAAGUAGCAUCAGUACAGAGUAGAGACUACUAUGUGAAAGUAAAAGGAGUUAAGAAAUGCCCUGCCUGUUCGGGGUCCAGUCUAGUGUGCUGCCUGCCAGCCUGUCAGAUUCCCUACUUCCUCUGUAUACAGGACGCAGGCAGGCAGGCAGGCAGCAGCCUUUAAAUAAGCCAUGUCACUGUGUCUUGCUGUGUCAAAAACCAAUGCCUUCUGUCAUGCCACUGCAUCCUUCAUUUCUCUCCCCGUUUAUUUUCAGUUGUUUGUGUUUUGUUUCUGUUCCAUCCUCCAUUUGUCCAUUGUCCUGGUUGGUACUAGUUGGUUCUGAAGAGUGGGAGACAGAAAAAGGAGAAGAGCGGCAGGAAAUAGCAGUCGAAGUAUGUCGGGGAGAGUAUACUACCAUUGUGACAUUAAUGUUUCUCUCUUUUCCUUCUACGACUUGGAAGAGAGCCCCGCGAGGGGAUGGCCCCAAAGCUGACUUUCUUAUAUUUAUUUAUUUACCACAGAUGUUUCGGAAAAAAGCUUCGUCCUCCUUGAGAAUGAGAAGAAUAUCAGAAAGCAAUAGAUGUAAUAAUUUCACCUUCAUUACUUUGUAGAUGGUGCCUCUUUAACCACUAGAUCUCUUUAAUGGCAUUCAAGGUUGUCAGUGGAAACCACUCCAUAGAACCCAGUUUGAAAGAAAACCAAAACAUGAAAGAAGUCGGAGUUUCUAAAUAACUCCUUAAUCUAGUGAAGCCCUUUAAGCAUAACACUUGCUUGUGGCUUUUUAUUGGAGGAAGUUAAAGAGUACAUUUUAACUCUCCGGAAAUGAGUGUGUUUGAUUUAGACCUGCGUGUUAGCUAAUUAACAGCUAACAUGCCCUGGGUGGUUUCUACUUUAUGACUUUGUAUGUUUUUUACUAAAACACAUUUGCCUUCCCCUAUUGUAUGAUUGUCAUAUGUCUACCAAUCACAGUGCCUAGCUUGGGAUCAAAGAGUUUACAUUUUCGAAUCAACGGUUUUGCUUUCUUCAAAUGAUCUGCUGGGUAAUGAUAAAAUUAGUCGGGAGUAAUUCAAAUGGGCACGAUUCAUUAGACGAUAGUAGUGCUCACUGCAUGUUGACAGUAAAAAUCUGAUCUUCAGUCCUGUCCUACACCAGGGGAGUGGGGUUACAGUAUACGCUCCUGGGUGGUCCUUAACACUCUGACACUGGGAUUUAGUACCAUAUAAUCGGUUGGUUUGGGUGACCAUCAAUUUGGACUGACUAUAAGUCAGUAUUUCUGCUGACGAUGGUGUUGUAUAGUCAUAUGUUUAAUUUGGCACCAAAUAGCCUUGGAAACCGACAUUUGUAAGCACCAGAUUUGGCCUUUAAAACCCAUAAUAUACCCUCCAAUGUUACCCAUCUGUCAAAGUGAGUUUUGGUUUUAUAUGCUUUUUUCUGGUUUGGGCUGAACUACCUCGAGUGGUUGCGGGGGGGGGGUUCAUAUCUUCUCCAGUUUUCUCAGAGGAUAGUGGUGGUUCAGUCCGUUUGUCAUUGUUUUCAUCUCCAUUCUGUGUUUCACCUUAACAUCACUUAUGUCUGGUGUUCAGUGUGCUCAGCUAUGACUCUCAUGAGUGUUGGGGAUGGUUGGUAAAUGGCUUGUGUGUUCUCUGACUGCCUCUCCUCCUCUCUCUCGCUCUCUCGCUCUCUCUCUCCACCUUUCAUCCUUUUCUUCCACCUCUACAUCUCUCCCCAUCCGCCUACCCUAACUCCUCUCUCCCCCAUCUCCUCUCUCCCUGCUUUCACCCUCUCCAUCUCAACCCCUCUAUUCAAUCACUUGUUAACUCAUCGCCUUCCUCCCCUCACCCACCCUUCUCCGUCCCACCCUCCCGUCUCCCAGGGAACAUUGACCGCGGGCGCAGCUCGUCCUUCCAUGAGGUGCGUGGUCUUCGGGAGGCUGAGAUGAGGGCGGCGGCCGACGAGACGUCCAGCAGCAGCAGUGGCAGCAGCAACACCGUCCUGCAGCGACUCCUACAGGAGCAGAUGCGCUAUGACGAGGGACGCAACUACCAGCUGGCCAUGCAGCAACAGCAGGAGCAGCAACGACAGCAGCAGCAGCAGAGGCAGCAGCAGGAAGGAGGGGUGAGCGGGGGCUACCCGGGCCAGGGAGGCCCCAACGACGACCGGCACGACGCCAUUGUGCCCCACAUCGCCCGGCAGGAGCCCCAAGGACAGGAGCUGCAGGCGGACAGUGGCAUGGAGAAACUGGGCUCCCGCGGCGGGGGUAGUAGUGGAGGAGGAGGGAUGAGUGGUGUUGGGGGAGGGAGUGGCCAGGGCCCCAACCCAGAGGACUUACCCACCUACGAGGAGGCCAAGGUGCAGUCGCAGUACUUUCGCGGCCACCCGCACCACCAGCUACAUCAACAACAGCAACAACAACAUCAACAACAACAACAACAGUUGCCUCCGUCAGUGGGCGCAGCGUUUUACGUGACGGCCGUAACCAACAAUGGCAAGGUGCGUACGGAGGGGCGUCCCACGGUUCAGCGUCUGAGCAGCGGGGGAAAGGUGCACCAGGACGACGGGCUCAAGGACCUGAAGCAGGGCCACGUGCGCUCCCUCUCCGAGCGCCUCAUGCAGAUCUCGCUGGCCACCAGCGGGGUCAAGGCCCACGCCCCUGUCACUAGUGCCCCCCUUUCCCCCCAGCUGCCCCCUCCGGGUCCCCCGGGGGACUACUACAAGCCCUCGGGCCAGCACCGGGGCCCCCCGCCUGACUACCCCUUCAAGAACAUGGGCUCCUCUCCCAAACAACAGCCGCAGCAUCAGGAGCAAGGAGGGCACUAUUACCAGGACCAUCGGCCCAGGGAGCAGGGCAGGAACGAGGUGCCACACGUCCGCUACCAGCCUCCGCCAGAGUACGGCUCCUUCAGGUGAGUAAGAUAAACAGACAUCCCCCUCCCCCCACCGUACUGACUCACUGGCUGUCUGACUGUCUGAAGGAACAUCCUGCCUGUCUGAGCUAUAUCACUUUUACUAUAGUAUCAAACUUUUAAUAGUGCCAUGUUGUUGAUGUGGCUACCAGUACUUAGGUAACAAAAACGGAUACAGUCUUGGUUAAUUGAAUGACACACACCUGGCUCAGCUGAGAAACACACUCCUAACAUGGCCCUAGAGAGACAGACUGCCCUGUGUCUGCUGGCUAUUUAUUUAAAGUCUCUUCUGGGGUGGCCUCCAUAACUUCAACAAAUUACAUACCCACUGCAUCUUGAGCUUUUUUGGACAAGGCAACAUGAUUGAGAGCUUCUCUUCUAACAUUCGUAGGGGUGAUUUAGGCUUUUAGGAGUGAUUGUGACUUUCAUUUAUAAUUGGGGUCAUUGCCUACACACACACACACACACACACACACACUGCUAGAGGGUGACUUACUUGUCCUAUCCGUAUAUAGCUCAGUCCCCUGUAGCUCAGUUGGUAGAGCAUGGAGCUUGCAGCGCCAGGGUUGUGGGUUCGUUUCCCACGGGGGGCCAGUAUGAAAAAUGUAUGCACUCACUAACUGUAAGUUGCUCUGGAUAAGAGCGUCUGCUAAAUGACUAAAAUGUAAAUGUAUAUCAUCCUGCCUGCCUAUCUGCCUCCCUACCUGCCGUCCUGUCUGCCUCCCUACCUGCCGUCCUGUCUGCCUCCCUACCUGCCGUCCUGUCUGCCUCCCUACCUGCCUUCACACCUGUCUGCCUCCCUACCUGCCGUCCUGUCUGCCUCCCUACCUGCCUUCACACCUGUCUGCCUCCCUACCUGCCGUCCUGUCUGCCUCCCUCCCUGCCUUCCUGCCUGCCUCCCUACCUGUCGUCCUGUCUGCUUCCCUCCCUGCCUUCCUGCCUGCCUCCCUACAUGCCAGGCUGUCUGUUGAGGUGAGCAGGUUUCUUGAUUAGCUGGAAGGCUGAUGAGGAAGGCAUGUCUCCACUGCCUGUUGGUUCCCACACACGCACACACACACACACACACUGAGCCAGUUGUUGGGAAAGAGGGGCUAGACACAUCCUGUUCUGCCUGUUCCCCUCCUGCUUGAUCAUUUGUUUACCUCAAAGUAAAUAAUUGGCAAACAGCUAUGAAUACCACAGCAUUUUGAUCAUCAGCUGAAACCUGUGGCGACACGAUUGUUCGCUCUCUGAUGACGUCCCAUGUAGACACAGGAAUGUUUGCUUAUUUCCAAAGUGGUUCACAAUAGUUUUUUGGUCAUUUGAAAAAAAACUUGUUGGUGUAUGGCAGGUGAAUCACCAUAGUUUACAUUAAACAGAUAGUAUCACUGUCUAUGUUUUGCCUGGUGAUAUAUUUAUAUAAACAAGCACUAAGAUAGAAGUUAUGAUAAUAUCUAUGGACUGUUGGUGUCAGCACGUGCUUGAGUGACCCAAAGACCCACAUACAUUCAUAAGGUAAACAAACUAACAUUCCAUUAGUAUUAACCUCUCUGAUUGGCUGUCGUGUCCACAGGUCCAAUAAGGAGAGCUCAAUCCACUCCCAGAGGUCUGUCCAUCACCACAGCCCCACCUCCUCGGUCACCUCAGUCGGCUCUCUGUCCCGAGCCCAGUCCUCCACCCUCAGUAGUCUUCUCAGCGCCUCCCACUCUUCCCACCCCUCCCACACACACCCCCACCCACAAGGGGACCCCUAUGCCUCCAUGGGUCCCCGAAGCCCGCAGGGCCCUGGAUCACAUCAGGGAGACCCGUAUGGUCCCGGGCCCAUGCACCCUCCACUUCAGAGGGGCCACGGCUUCCCACACGACCCCUACGGCUCCACCUCCAGGAUGCACUACCAGCAGCAGCACCACCAGUAUCAACAACAACAACAACAACAACAACAACAACAACAACAACAACAACAACAACAACAACAACAACAACAACAGCAGCAGCAGCAGCAGCAGCAGCAGCAGCAGCAACAACAACUCCAACACCAGCACCAACAGUACCACUCCCAGUCAUCCCAGGGCCACCCUCCCCAGCACUACCCCCACCCCCAGGGGGACCCCUUCGCCAUGAUGGCCCGCGCCCAGCAGAUGGUGGACAUGCUGUCAGAGGAGAACCGGCUGCUCAAGCAGGAGAUGGAGGUGUGCUGCGAGAAGGUCACCAAGCUGCAGAAGGUAAAAGGGGGACAAAUGAAUCGUUUACACAUGUAAAAUCAAUGUAGGGCACUUAAUGUUAUCUGAAAGGUUUGAAUGGGUAUAAGCAGUAUGGUUAUAGUUUCACCUUGCCCUCUUCUGACAUAUUGCAUACACCCAUCCAAUCCUUUUAGAUCCACACAAUUGCCUAAGUGCUAGCCCCUCCCCCAUCUCUCUCUCUUUCUCUCCCCAUCCCCUUUCUCUCCCUGGUCAGUUGGAGACAGAGAUCACGCUGGUGUCGGAGGCCUAUGAGAACCUGGCCAAGUCGUCCACUAAGAGGGAGGCUCUGGAGAAAACCAUGAGGAACAAGUUGGAGCUGGAGGUGCGCAGGCUGCAUGACUUCAACAGGGACCUGAGAGGUGAGUGGCCAUAAUCAGCUGGAAUAUCCAAGGCAUGCAUAGUUUAAUGUUAAAAGGAUACCUGUUCAUGGAUUUAUGGCAGUAGAUUAAACCUAUUCCAUGCUCAAUUUAUUGAAAGAAAACAUAACUUUUUGUGAGCAAAAAGUGUGUGUGUUCUUUCUACAUUAGAUUUAGGAUACUUCAACAGCUUUGCCUGCAUAUUUGUUCAGUAAAAUGUAUUUAUUCAUGUUCAGAAGCCGGGUUUGGUUUGCAUUGAUUCCACUAUUACGUUUGAUUUGAAUGGAUUGUCUGAGGAUUUGGAGAUAUCCAGCUUCCACCAAUUCCGUCUGGUCCUAUUUAUAAGCAUUUGACUAGAGUGCUGUGAUGUUGUUGAAACCUGUGUUGCUCAUAAUGGCAUUACAGUGUAUUGAGUAGGGCUGUCGCGGUGACCGUAUUACCGCCAUACCGGAAGCUAUGAGUCAUGACCGCAGUAAAAUUCCACGUGACCGUUAAAUCCCGGUAAUCUCCUUUUAUGCACUCUGGACAUGUGUUGGUAGUACCCAACUCGCUAACUACCAUCAGGUCCUAAUGGCCUGGUACUCAGGGCUCUAUUGUCCCUCUAACUUCUCUGACAUCAAUGCAAAUGAAAUUGAAAAUCACAUCAAACACUUAUCAUCUAAACAGUAUGUGCUAUUAAAACUCACCUCACUGUGAUUGAUCAAUUUGAAGAAAGAAGUUCAACAACAGUUUGAAACUGAGUGGAAAACAUGGUCGUUGUGGAUAUUGUUUCAAAGCUUAACACAACGAAAUGGACAGCAUAAGGUGAUGAUUAAUUCAAAACACCCAUACGCAUAUUAGAGUUAUGCAUACGUAUAGGCCUAUAUAUGAGCCCAAGCCCGAAAAAACCCCCCUGAAUUAAAAUAAAGAUUGUGCCAUUAUACAAUGCAUAGCCUACUGCAUAUUAUGCACGGCAGAAAAACAUUUAAAAAAACGCAUUUAAGAUGUCUUUGGGACAUAAUUGGUCUAGCCUAUACUCAAAAAUGUAAUAAAUUCUAGUAAUCGCCUUUAAGUGUGGACUGUAUUAUUAUGCAUACUGGGUGGACUGGUUACCUUAUGCUACGCUCCAAACUUUCUAUCCAUGAGUCUGGGAGAAAACGUAUAGGCCUAGGCGAUGAUGUUGGUUCAUUGACUGUGCAGGGCAGUUUACAGAGUUAGCCUACAAUUAUAGUGAAUUUGUAUUUGAUUUUGAAUACCCUAGUAGUAGGGCAUUUUUUAUAUUUUCAUAAUUAAUAGGCUGACACAUUACCUUUAGCUACAGAAUAUCUCCCUACCGUGCGUUUCCAUCUCCUCUCUCUCCUUCAUUCCUUUCUUGAGCGCGCAGAGAGAGGGGCUGUCAACAGUUUAAUGAAAUAUGUUUUGUUGUGAAAGCAUGUUACUAUCAAUGUUCCCGAACAGAUUUCACUUGGUUUCCCAAAUUAAGUACUGUGUAGUUGCAGGAAAAGGUUUGGGGAGCUCAUGGCAUACAGAGUUUGGGCCGAAUAUCACCUGUCGUGUAGCCUCUCGGAGUGCAUAUGGAUGACAUGUCUUUUUCCCCCCCUGUUCCUGCCCAUUUGAUAAUGGGCCAUUCUAAAUCGAAACAUAUUUUACAUAUUGGUAAUGACAAGAUUAAAUUGAGAAUAUUCUGAUGGGUGAAAAUAUGAUCACUUGAUGAGAGAACAGCAUUUGCAGCCUGAGGCAAGGAACAGAGCGCAAGCUUUUUUUUAUAUAGUCGCAUCAUGCAGCCAAUAUAUGUUUUGAUUUCGAAGACAUUCUAAGGAUUGUAUCAUUCACAACUAAAGUUGCCAAAUAACUCUAAAUCUAGCAUAUAGGACCUGUUUCAAUAUAUCACUUUUAUGCUCAACAUAGCCACUUCACAUGCGCACUUGCUCCUGAAUGUGAAAAAUAUCCUUCCUAUUUUAUUCAGGGAGUUCAAUUAUAUUCUUCUUACUAUAAAAUCAUAUAAUAUAAAAUAAUGGCACAGGAUUUAUAAGCAUAUCUUGACUGCUAAAUGAACAAGCCAACAGCCUAUGGCAUGCCUGUGGCAUGUUCUUCUGAAAUACAUUUUCUUCAUAUCAUGUUUCUUUAGACCUGCCUAAAAUAAAUAAUGGAUUUAUUGUGAUGGUGUAUAUUAAAUUGAUUUAUUAUACUUUUUUAAAUGUAGAUGUUCCAAAGGCGCGCAUCAGUGGCUUGUAUGCAUGGGGGCCUGGAGAUGCUAAAUGUGUUUAUGUUAAUUAACAGUCAAUUACCGUGAGACCAGCAGACUUUGCAUUACAAUAACCGGCUGACACAAUGCCAUGACACCCACAGCCCUAGUAUUGACUUUGGCACAGAGGAAAAGUACUGAGCAAAAGUAAAAGAGCAAUCAAUUGGUCGAUCUGUCAAUUAAUCAAUAUGAUCAAUAAAAUAGAUAUGUUAGUGUUUACAGGCAGUCCAAAGUCUCAACUUCAUAUCUUUACCAGAAAGCAGACCAAAGACCCUUAGAGCUCCAAUCCUCACACUCUGUUUCUGUAGGAAUUUCUGAGCUGAAGCAGAGUGGGUGGAGGCAGUUUCAUGUCUCUAGUCUGUACUUCACUGGGCUCUUCAGUCCUGCAGAGGAAAGAAAAACCUCCAUUCAUGGCUCCCUGCCCAGACCAGGUCCAUGGGGAGAUUCCAAGCUUUUACAACAAAUCGCAUAUAACUUUUUUUUAGGUCUCUCCUUCCUCUCUUUUUUUCUCCCAUCAUAUUGGCAGCUGUACACAUGUGAAAUGGAUCUUGCUCCACUUUUGGGGGUUUAGGCUAAACACAUACCCCAGUCAUUGUUGUGUUUCGAGAAACACAGGGAAUGGAAAUGGAACAACUGAAUAUUUGUUUCUGGAAUGCUCUCUGUAUGUUUCAUGGCCCAGCCUGGUUGACUUAACACUCAACAAAAUAUUAUUUUAAAGGUGCAAAAUGCAGAAAUCGCUCCACCAUUUCCUGGUUGCUAAAAUUCUAAUAGUUCGCCUAAUUUCAGUUUGUGACAAAACAAGCAAUGUGUAGAGAUUCAUUGUACCGUCUAAACCGCUGUGAAAUAUCUGUUCAAUAAUCCAAAAUAUUUAAUUUUCAGCUGUUUUGAAGAUGGUGUACAAAACCGAAAGUAAAAGAUGCAAAAAUGAAACGCGCACAUAGAACAGAUCUACCGCUUCUUAGACUUGCUUUCAAUGAGAAUGACAGAUCUAUAACUCACAUUUCUGUGAGAAUUUGGUGGUGUCGCCCCAAAAAGUUACAUAUUGCAGCUUUAACGUUUGGCCCAGAAAUAAUGGCCUGUUUUGUUUAUGGACAAAGUUCUCCUGACUCCAUUUUUUUUCUUUUCUUUUUUUCUUACCAUACUUUUCAGUUCUUUCUUACUUUUUGGUUGUAGUUGACCUACAAUAAGUAGUUAUAUGUACAUGGGAUGGUGGGGUGGGAAGGGAUAAGAGGUGGAAGAAUUGUGGGAUGGGAGUGGAUAUCAAGAGGACACUAAAUAAUAUUUGGUGCCUGUUGUACUGAUUUUUAUAUAUAUUUAAUGUGAUGAAUUUGCACCAUGUUUUAAAUGACAAAUAAAUAAUAAAGUUGUCCUCACAUUAUGGUGUAGGUGGGCAAGAAAAAGAGAAUGAUGACCACCUCCUCUCCCCCUCUGCGGGGAAAUAAAGUUAUUUUAUUUUAUUUUGCUCCAUUUUGCCGAGCAACCGGGCCCCAAGGCGUUUAAUGUAAGUGGAACGAAGGCUGGGAUCUUAAGAACUUAGAGCCGUUCCAUGUUAAAUUCUCUUCAGGGGAUAGUGAAUUCCCUCCACCUCCAUAUUCACUUCAUUCCACGGCCCCUCUGUCUGUACGGCUACAUUUACACAAUCACAGAGCCGUAUGUUAAAAGUCUGUUUGAGCUGUUUAAUAGCACCAAAAUCACAAUACCUACUACGCAUAUCCUGCAUAUUAACUAGAGGCUGGUUACAUGGAAUGUGCAACUCUGCAAAGAGUUUGAGUGUUCUCUUUAAGGAGCUUUAUUCCCUUGUUUGACCAUGUUGUGUUGCCAUAUUAUGAUCUAAUCUGCAAAUAUUUGAUUUACAAAAAUAAGAGUAUAUUUGUGUAUGCGUGUGUGCACGCGCAGGUGUGUGUGUGUGUGUAUUCACAUGUGUGUGUGUGUGCAGUGUGUGUCUCUUCGGCCACUAGGCCAUCAGGCUGGAUCGGACCUGACUUUAGCAAUGCCAUUCUCUGUUGCAGAGCGCAUGGAAACUGCCAACAAGCAGCUAGCUGCUAAGGAGUGUGAGGGAACGGAGGACAACCGCAAGACCAUCUCUCAGCUACUCACCCAGAGUGAGCACAUCACUCACACUAUCAGGGAACGCCAGGCUAGACCAAGACUCUCUGACGUUCUACAUCCACUCUGAACAUACCUCUGUGUGACCUCAUCAGUUAGAAAAAUAACCAGGCAAAGGGUCUGGGGCUCAUGUACUGUAAAAACACUACUUAUUCACUAGAAGUUGCAUUCAAGUCAUUGUUUUUAACAAAAAUGACACACACACACACACAAAACACUGGUUAAGAUGUUUAGUUAAUAUGGACAAUGCCAUUUCAAAAAGUCAGCUCAUGACAUAACUAUUUUUAGUAAAUGAAAGGAAGAUCACUUCUUUAAAGGGCUAGUCCUCAGCGUGUUGUGUAUGUGUCUCUCAGACAAAGAGACGGUGCGUGAGAAGGAGAAGCUGGAGAUAGAGCUGAACUCCCUGCACUCCUCCACGGACGACCAGAGACGACACAUUGAGAUCAGGGACCAUGCUCUCAACAACGCCCAGGCCAAAGUAGUCAAACUGGAGGAGGAGGUGAGGAUCUGACUGUAUUAAAUGCUGUGUUUACACAGGCAAUCCAAUUCUGAUAUUUUGCCCAAUUAUUGGCAAAAGAGAUUAUCUGAUUGGUCAAAAGACCAAUUAUGUUGGAAAAAUAUCAGAAUUAGGCUGCCUGUGUAAACGCAGCCAUGAUGUUCUCCCUGUUGCUUCAUGAAUAGGUGAUAUCAGAAAUGUCUUGGAUACUUGAAUACUUACUGGCAUUAGUUCAAUUGAUUGAACUCGAGGGUAUAUUUAGGCCUCCUGGUGGACAAGCAUAGGCAUGAGUUUCUGUUGCGCGUAAAAAAAUAAUCUAGCUACAGUAUGUUCCCCGUCUUUCUCUGGUUGUGUCACCAUUAAGCUUGAUAGCCUGAGAAUAUCAGUAUUGAACCACAAUGUCAUCCAUCCUAUCACCUGGUAUUGAUGAUGUCGUUGGCGGAAGACGGGGUCUGGUAUGUGUUCAGUUGUGAUCCAUGGGGUUGGUUUGCACUGUUUAAAAGGUAAGACCAAAGACUGCAAAAUGAGUUGUUUACAUUUACUCAAAACAUCAUUCGUUGUUACCCAAGCAACUGCUACCUGUCCUCAGAUCCAAAACCCAGUGAAAACUACAAACAAUCCCCAAAAUAAAAUUCCUUCCUCUUUAAAUUUGCUUCCCUCAGAAGUCAGUGUUUCUGAUAAGAUCAAUGUGUCCCACUCCAGUGAGCAGAUGGCAGUCCCUGAUCGCCACUAGAGGCUAGAUCACCCCAGUCCCUGGCCCAGCCUGCUAGAGGCCAGAGGAAUGGCCCAGCCUGCUAGAGGCCAGAGAAAUGGCCCAGCCUGCUAGAGGCCAGAGGAAUGGCCCAGCCUGCUAGAGGCCAGAGAAAUGGCCCAGCCUGCUAGAGGCCAGAGGAAUGGCCUGCUAGAGGCCAGAGGAAUGGCCCAGCCUGCUAGAGACCAGAGGAAUAGCCUGCUAGAGGCCAGAGGAAUGGCACAAAAGACUGGCCUCUGUGUGGGCCUGGACAUAACUCCCAUGUGGAGCUGCUCCGAGUUCUGGAGCUGCUCCAAGCUUUUAUGCCCCUGGCUGGUUGGUUCUGUUGGUUGGCUAGUAAUGUGUCUGAAAUAGCCCAGAUGGCUAGUUAGCCAGUUCGGGCCGAGCGGAGCGGGAAACAGACCUGGAGUGUCCUAAAAAGCACAGGGCUGCUCCACUUCUUCUGCCCGGCACCGCCACAAAUGCCCGCUUGUUUCCGUGAACAAAGGCCGUUGAGUUAGAGUUUUAUAUCUGCCAUGAAAGAGCUCUGAACAGUGCCAGAUUCUUGGCCUGCUCUCUCUCUCUCCUCUGUUUCUCUGUCAGUGUGGGAACUCUGUAUAUGCUCCUCUAUUUCUCCCUCUCUUUCUCUCUCUUCCUUUCUCGUCUUUCUUAAAAAAUAGUCUCCCUGAGCUAAAUCAGUCCAUUGAAUAGAGCCACAGUUAUAGCUCCUGCUGCAGUUGAAACUGACUGCAGUGCAGAGAGACUUUGAAACAUGGUCAUCAAGGACACAGACUGCAUUAUCUUGGAUUGGGGAGUUGGAGUUGGGCACUAGGUGGGGGAUGUUUGGAGGAAGGGGGGCAGGGAGUUUCCCUGUCUCCUCCCUGGCCGUAUUUCAACUCCUGUGUUUUCAUUCCUUGUCAACGACCUAAUAGGACUGGAUAGGUGAGAGCAAUUAUUGUGGUGCAAACAAGGGGAAACCAUUGCUUUCACCAACCCAGUCAGAACGGGAGUGAACAAGUCGUCUUAAAGGGGGGAGCAGGUUUCUGGAAUGGAAUGCAAACCCCCUACUUCCUGUCUACUUCCUGUCUGUGCCCUGACCACAUCCUGUCUGUGUGUUUUGUCUCCCUGGCUGCAGCUGAAGAAGAAGCAGGUGUAUGUGGAGAAGGUAGAGCGCAUGCAGCAGGCCCUGGCCCAGCUCCAGGCUGCCUGUGAGAAGAGAGAGCAGCUGGAGCACCGCUUACGCACGCGGCUGGAGAGGGAGCUGGAGUCACUGCGCAUGCAGCAGGUGAGAGACACACAUACAAGCUAUACACUCAUCAGAUACAGUCAGACACACAUGGUGUGUUAACCCUCUUGAGUAAAUUUCCGCGGCCCCGUGAAAAUCUAAUCCCCAGCAAAAUCCGUCUGUUUAAGAUAGAAAUAUCUGUUUUUUUGCAUGGGCUGCGUCUCAAUCCACCGCAUCUCACGAAAACGUCUGUAGCGUCCAACAGUUUGGGCUACACACUAAUAUGACCCCUCUAAGGUGAGUCUCUCACGAACACGUACACUACCGGUCAAAAGUUUUAGAACACCUACUCAUGCAAGGGUUUUUCUUAAUUUUUUAAACUAUUUUCUACAUUGUAGAAUAAUAGUGAAGACAUCAAAACUAUGAAAUAACACAUAUGGAAUCAUGUAGUAACCAAACAAGUGUUAAACAAAUCAAAAUAUAUUUUAUAUUUGAGAUUCUUCAAAUAGCCACCCUUUGCCUUGAUGACCGCUUUGCCCACAUUUGGCAUUCUCUCAACCAGCUUCACCUGGAAUGCUUUUCCAAUAGUCUUGCAGGAGUUCCCACAUAUGCUGAGCACUUGUUGGCUGCUUUUCGCCAGGCAUUACUGGAACCAUGUCGUCCAAAAAGUUAUACUUUUGAAUCAUCUGUCCAUAGAACGUUCUUCCAAGAGUCUUGAUGAUCAUCCAGGUGCUUUUUGGCAAACUUGAGUCAACUUUUUGGACGAGAUGGGUCCCAUUAUGCCUGGCGAAAACCAAACGCUGCAUUCCACAGUAAGAACAUCAUACUAAAGGUCAAGCAUGGUGGUGGUGGUGUGAUGGUUUGGGGAUGCUUUGCUGCCUCAGGACCUGGACGACUUGCCUUAAUAGAAGGAACCAUGAAUUCUGCUCUGUAUCAGAGAAUUCUACAGGAGAAUGUCAGACCAUCCGUCUGUGAGCUGAAGCUGAAGCGCAGCUGGGUCAUGCAGCAAGACAAUGAUCCAAAACACACAAUCAAGUCUACAUGAAAAUUGCUAAAAUUCCUCCACAGCGACGUGAGAGACUGAUCAACAACUACAGGAAGCAUUUGGUUGGAGUCAUUGCAGCUAAAGGUGGCACAACCAGUUAUUGAGUGUAAGGGGGCAAUUACUUUUUCACACAGGGGAAUUGGGUGUUGCAUAACUUUGUUUAUGAAAUAAAUAUGUAAUUGUUGUGUUAUUUGUUCACUUAUGUUCCCUUUAUCUAAUAUUAGGUUUUGGUUGAAGAUCUGAUAACAUUCAGUAUCACAAAUAUGCAAAAGUAGAGAAAAUUAGAAAGGGGGAAAAUACUUUUUCAUAGCAUAUUCCAUUAGCGCCUUUGGGAGCAGACAGACUGCCUGGUCAACAGAGACUACCGACAGACUUGGAGCCCUACCUCUCUACCAGCCAGUGUUGCCAUAGGCCAAUGAUUUAGGCAGAAAUUGUGUGUAUUGGUAAUACAAAUGUGUCUGUGAAUGUGAGUUUAUUGCUCACUUGGAUGGCGGUCGAGCUCUUGAAUAAUUAUGUUUACUAACGACCAUACCUUCCACCCCCAUUGUCUCCCUGCCUCCCUUCCACCCAUCCAGAGACAAGGCGGCUCCCAGAGCAGCAGCAGUGGUCAGGAGUACAACUCCACGGCUCUGAUGGAGCACCUAAGGGAGAAGGAGGAGAGGAUCCUGGCCCUGGAGGCAGACAUGACCAAGUGGGAGCAGAAGUACCUGGAGGAGAGCGUCAUGAGGCAGUUUGCCUUGGACGCCGCCGCCUCCGUCGCCACCCAGAGGGACACGUCGUCGUCAGUGAUAAGCGACUCCGCCAGCAGCAGCUAUGAGCAGCAGCUGUCAGUGGAGGCUCGUAUCCAGAAGGAGGAGGAGGAGAUCCUCAUGGCCAACCGCCGCUGCCUAGACAUGGAAAGCAGGUGAAUAGUUAUUAGACACAUUCUGCACAGGUCUAUUCAGAUCAACUGAUCUUCAAAAUGCCUGGAGAGGCGUUAAACCUAUCAAUUUCAUAUAAUAAUCAUAUUCUGUACAGUGCACUGUACAGAUACUAUCCUUAACAGCCUACACAACCACUUACCCUAGACCCGUUAUAGGGUGUAACCGUGACCCCAGUCAAAUCCAGUCUAUAACUCCCAUUGUUCUCACUGAUCAUACAGAACACAAUCAAAUGAAAAUGUUAAUGCAGUCUGCACUUUACAGGAUGUUGUACUUUAUUUUAUUUGAAUAACUGUACUCAUGUCCCGUCCCACAGGAUCAAGAACCUGCACGCCCAGAUCAUUGAGAAGGAUGCCAUGAUCAAAGUGCUCCACCAGCGUUCCAGGAAGGAUCCCAACAAGGACCGGGAUGCCGCAGCCAUCAUGCGACCCUCCAAGUCCCUGAUGUCCAUCGCCAACACGGGCGGCUCGGGCCUGCUCUCCCACAGCUUGGGCCUCAGCAGCUCCCCCAUCACAGAAGAGCGCAAGGACAGCAGCUGGAAGGGCAGCCUGGGUAGGAAUUAUAUUGGUUUUCAUGGGGUUGGGUUAUGUUAUGUGCCACAUGACAAAGGCUAUUUGAGCUUUCCCCUGUUAUAUUUGAUGGAUACAUUUGAAUUGAGUGGGUUAGAUAGUGGAACUGCAGACUUAGGGAGGGCACUACUUUUGACCAGACUCAGCCUAGGGCUCUUGUGAAAAGUAGUGCACUAUAAGGGGAAUAGGGUGUCAUUUCAGAUGCAGAGUAGAGGGACAAAAGCUGGAAGUCUGGUUUGGAGGAAGAGGGCAGGGAGGGUACCGGAAGUUGAUUCACAGGCCCCUGAGAUGUGUGCGUCAGAGAGUGAUGACGGAAAGACAAAGGGGUGUGGAGGGUAUCAUUGACAUGAAUGGUCUUCAGCUGUGGGUUUGGAAUGUAACUUAGAGUUCAGUAGUAACAUUGGUCGUGCUGCUGCUCCAGUUUCAACUGCCUGCAGCUAGGGAACCCUGACCUGUUUACCAGACAUGCUACCUUGUCCCGGACCUGCUGUUUUCGACACUCUCUCUCUCUACCGCACCUGCUGUCUCGACCUCUGAAUGCUCGGCUGGUCAUCUAUGAACGUUUGAACAUCUUGAAGAACAAUCUGGCCUUAAAUGGCAAUGUACUCUUAUAAUCUCCACCCGGCACAGCCAGAAGAGGACUGGCCACCCCUCAGAGCCUGGUUCCUCUCUAGGUUUCUUCCUAGGUUCCUGCCUUUCUAGGGAGUUUUUCCUAGUGCUUCUACAUCUGCAUUGCUUGCUGUUUGGGGUUUUAGACUGGGUUUCUGUAUAGCACUUUGUGACAUCUGCUGAUGUAAAAUGGGCUUUAUAAAUACAUUUGAUUGAUUGAAUCAUCAGGCUGAGUAAUAGUCUCCUGGUCAGGAAGGAGGGUGGGAAGUUUAAUAUUAUGCAAUGGUGCUGUGCUGCUGGCUCACUCAGAUUUAAUAUUUUCAGUAUGGGCUGAUUGAAUCCUGCUUAAUUGUUGUGUGUAUGUUACUAUCUACUAUUUUAUCUUACUUCAACUUGCUUCCAUGUGCAUCAAUAAACAACUUUAGAGCUUGUCAUGGGUAACCCAGCACCACCACAUGCCUAACAGAUCUCCUCUGUUCCCUCCCCUCAGGAGUUCUGUUGGGUCCAGAGUACCGUACCGAUUCUCUGAGGACAGAGUCCAUCUCGUCAUCUCCCUCCCCAGUCCUGCCCCUGACAGUGGGCCACUCUAAGACAGGCAGCAGGGACAGCUGCACCCAGACAGACAAGGGCCAGAGCCAGGAGGCUAGCAGCAAGCCUAGCACCCCAGCCCUGCAGAGCAUGACCCUGCCAAGCCGCCUCUCCAGCCCCAGCCCCGUCUACAUACCUGACCGCAUUGCAGGUACAGUAGGACAGGGCAAGCCGCCAUCUUUAGGACUAUGUUACAGUAUAGUACAUUAGAUAAACCAUUUUUUACAUCACUCCACAUUUGUGUAGUCCGCCGUGAACACAAGUAGGGCCAGGAGUUUGUCCUGACCACAGGUCCUAAUUAUAUGCUUUAACUAUAGGAUUUAACUAGAGUCCAGAGUCAGACCCAGUUAAUAUCAAGUAUUUUAGAGUGUUCGCUGUCUACAAUUUGAGAAAUGUAAACUUUCAAUUAGUCUAGACGUGACCCACGAGGAUGCUUCUGCAAUGCGCAGUGCUAACGUAGCAGAAUGGCAAACGACGCUUGUGAUUGUCAGUGUAGCCCAACACUUCAGGCUGAACUGAAUCGUUUCUAGGAAAAUUAUUUAACCAAGCGCAAAUAGGCUUUUGUUUAAAAUCUGUUUUGACGUGGUGCGAGACUAAUUCAAUAAAUAAUCCAAUUUGUUUCAACCAAGCAGUAGCUGGGGGGGAAGUGGUUAAGAGGGAGUGGGUCAGAUGCUCUGGGUGGGCAAUAUGUGGUCAAAUCUCCUAUUCAAAUAUAGUGUGCAGGAUAUUAUUUUCUCCAAGGCAAAUGGCCUAUUCACUUUAUAGUGCACUACUUAUGUGGCUCUGGUCAAAAGUAGUGCAUUAUAUGGGGAUUGGGGAAUAGGCCAAAUCUUUGUUUUGGGGGUAGACGUACCCUUUGAUCAGUUGACUAACCUUCUCCCGGUGUGUCUGUAGAUGUGCCAGUGUUCCACAGCAGUAUCCUGGAGAGGCGUGCCCUGCUGCAGUCCCACCCCCAGGCCCCAUCAGCCUCUCAACAGGAGGUGGACAACGACAUGGUGGAGAUUCUCAUC